UACGGAGAACUGGUUUCAACCAGAUCUCUUUAACCCUUCUUUCCCCCCGGUUCCUACCCAUGAAUGUAAACUCGUCUCAGACAUACAUAAUGUCCCAGUGUCCGGCGAGUGUUUACGGCGGACAAGUUCUCGUGAGAGUACGUGCACCCCGUAAACCACUGAGGUUUACUGAAGAAUCGCGCGGCACUUAAGGGAUUACACGAGUGGAGGGAGGACUAUCUUUUUGUUAUUUUUUUUUUUUUUAUUUUUUAUCUGAAACUAGCGACCUGCAGGACAUGUCGCUGUGUGGAGUCAUGCAUAUACGAUUCUUGGGGCCCAAUGUGUACUCGGAGGCCCCGGACGGAGGCUGGGGAUGGGUGAUCGCUGUGGCUUUUUUCUUGGUGGAAGUUUUCACCUACGGCUCCAUCAAGAGCUUCGGCAUCUUCCUCCAGGCCCUGAUGGAAGAGUUUGGAGAGAGCAACAGUCGGGUCUCCUGGAUCGUUUCCAUAUGUGUAUUUGUUAUGACCUUCAAUGGUCCUCUCUCUUCUGUCAUGACUAGCCGGUUUGGUUUCCAAGUUGUUGUCAUGAUUGGAGGAUUACUCAUUUCCUCGGGGACCAUCGCCACCAGCUUUACCACCUCCAUCAAUCAAAUGUACCUUACGUAUGGAUUCAUUGCAGGCUUGGGUUACUGUUUGACCUUCCUGCCCACUGUAACCAUACUUUCUCAGUACUUUAACCAACGAAGACCCCUGGUCACAGCUCUGGCUUCCACCGGAGAGUCACUAUCAAUGUUUGCACUGGCACCGGCCUUUUCUGCAUUAAGGGAUCGUAUUGGCUGGCGCCAUACCAUGGCAGUGAUUGGAGCUUUGCAAAGCAUCAUCAUCAUCUGUGGCGUGCUGCUUCGGCCAAUCAUUAUCAGACCCAAGGCGAGCCACAGGACAGAGACAGACAGGUUGUCCCUAAAGGAACAAGAAGCCAAUCCUGAAAGUUUAGAGGCCAAAAACCCAGAGGACAAUGUGAUGAAGGAAAACGAGCUGACUAAAGGCUCUGUGAGCACUGGAGACUCCGGGGUUCAGUCUCUGAAGGACACUGACAGCUGCAGUCAUGAGGAAAAAAAUAUACUGCACAGAGAAGAAAGGUCGGAGACACAACAAAAUUCUGCCGAGCCCAGAAUGUCAGAGAUUAAAGAAUCUGAAUCAGACGGCAAAACGGACAGACACGCAGAAAAACAAGAGAUGAAACACGAAGAAAAUCAGUCGGGUAAUGAAAAGAAGAAUUCUAAACUCUUAGACUUCUCGGUCCUCAGAGAGUGCAGCUUCAUCUUGUAUUCUCUGUUUGGACUGUUUGCCACUCUGGGCUUCUUCGCCCCUCAACUCUACAUCAUUGAGCUGAGUGUGAAUCGAGGCGUGGAACGGGACCGCGCCGCCUACAUGCUCUCCAUCAUGGCUGUGGCUGAAAUCUUAGGGCGAUUCUCCAUUGGGUGGAUCCUGACACGGAAGCUGUUCAGGAGUAACAAGCUUCUUGUGCUUCUGGUAUGUGUUGUCAUAAUGACUGUGGAUCUGGUGGGAUUCACCUUGGUUAGAGAGUUUUAUGGCCUAGCCGUGUGCUGCGCAGUGUACGGCUUCUUUAUGGGAACCCUGGCGUGCACUCACAUCCCCUUGCUGGCUGAGGAUGAUGUGGUGGGAAUUGAGAGGAUGUCCUCAGCUGCUGGCGUCUAUGUGUUCAUCCACAGUUUUGCUGGGCUGGCUGGACCACCACUCGGAGGUGUGCUGGUGGACGUGACUCAGGACUACGGGUCAGCCUUCUACUCCUGUGCAGUGGGCAUGGGACUGAGUGCCGUGUUCCUGGGUUUGGUAAAACCGGCUAAAAGAGGAUUGCUUUGUAAGAAGAGAAACUUAAACUGCUCAGAAGAACAACGAGAAAGGAAAGCAGAAUGCAGUGAACAGAGCGGAGGGCCGACGAUGGAAACAGCAAAAUGCAGUGAACAGAGCGGAGGGCCGAUGAUGGAAAAAGUCUAAACAACUGUUCUGAAUCAAACGACAGCGUGGACACGGCAGAUGUUGAGGUUUUACAUUUUGCUUGAGAUUGCACAUUAGGGUUAAGCCAUAUAACGGUGAAAGGUAAAAACUACAGGAGGCAGAAUAAUGAAGUGGCAUGAAUACAGUGAGGAUGAGGACAAACGCUAAAUGUUUCGGAUCCAGUUUCUGACACUAACCAUUUAGAUCAUAAUGUCUGUGUAGCAGUUAUGCCUUAAUUGCCUGAUAUACCAAACUAGAGCCACUAUCACUAGGAGUAAAACCAAGGUUCCUUUAAAUAAUCUUCAGUGAUACAUGGUCUUGGUUUACCUGUGUUGAACCGUGAAUGAUGCAUUAUUAACGGAGGUGCCGAAGAUUUAGAUAUUUCACUCAAACUUGAUAAUUACCUGCUGUUAAUCCAUAACAUAAUGAUACCUGGAAAAGCUAUGAACCAAAAUGUAGCUGCAGGAAUGCAGAUAAGCUGCACAGAUUCUGUAACACUUGUCGUAGGAAAUACUUAAAGCUCAGGAGUAUGAUUAAAAUGGUUUCUUCUUAAUCAAACCGUCGCACAGUUGAUCUGUAAUGUGAGAUUUCAAAGUAUUUUUGUAAUAAAAGCGUGUUCAAUCACAA